UAUACACCUGCGACAGGUAGGCAGGGCUCUAAAGCUGGAUACACCUGAGCCACCGGUAUUUUACAGUACAUCAGCGAAACCAGGCAAACCCUUCAUAUUUUAUUCUGCUAAAAGUAACCAAAUAUAUUAUUAUCUCUCGGUACCAUGACUACGGAAUAUAGACUUUGUGAACUGGCAACCGUGUCCUUGCAUGUCAAUGACCUGGAGACUGACUCUCAACUGGACGACCCUUCAAAACAUCAAGACCGAAUAGGAAAUGUAUGUGAAGGCGGCGGGCUGUUUUUACACACCAAUGGUACAGUAAAUGGAAAAUCGCCAACAAAACCUGUGCGCAAAUUUGAGAAAUCGGAGAACUCUGUAGGCAGUGGUGCGGACUCCUUAUCGACUUCAGGAGAAGCGAAACUGUGUCCAGUACAUGAACAAGAAGUACAGUUCUACUGUGGUACAGAAGGAAGACUGACCUGCUCGAAAUGUGUGUCGGAUGGAUCUUGUCAGGGUCACGAGGUGACAGAGCUGGUUACUCAGGCAACUGUAGUAAGGAAUCAGUUGGUGGAUGUCUGUGAAAAAAUGCAGCUGCAAGCCCUGCGGAUCGAACGAUUCAUUGACCGUACGCUUACAGCUAGAGAGAAAGCUGUACAGACAGAUGCAAACAGUGCAAGAGAACGUGUGUUGGCUCAGGUAAACGUGGUGCGUGAGGCUCUUGAGGAGGAGGAGCAGCGUCUCCUAGAGGCCAUACAGAGAGAGGAAGAGCGUGUGGAGCAGUGCCUCCUCACUCAGAGAGCACACUGGACUCACACUCUGGAGAAACUCACACACACACGCACCAGCCUGGUGCACACACUCACAAACUCAACAGAUACCAUGAUUGUGAGCUCUAAUGAGGAAAUAAAUGACAGAAUAGAGGAUGCGGAGGGUGUUGGUGAACCUAGAGACACUGAGAAACUGACUUUGAACAGAGGCUGCAGUGACAGUAAAUUCAUGGUUGGUUUAUGGGCCAGUGCGUUACUGCUAGGACCAUCUGCCCAUAGAUUAACUGCACUACGCUUCGAAGCUCAGACGGUCAGUCCUCUUCUCUCCCUCUCCAACGACCAGCGCACCUUAACUUUCCUGCCCAAACGUCAGCGUCAGUUACCCCCCUCUGACCCGGCGCGCUUCGACAGCUGGCCUAAUGCCCUCUGCUCCCCUCCCAUGUCCUCUGCUACUCACAGCUGGGUACUUGAUGUGUGCACGAGUGCUGCCUUCAAAGUGGGGGUAUGCUAUUCCAGCAUAGAACGCAAAGGGUCCGGCAAUGGUGCACGGCUUGGCUAUAACACAAAAUCGUGGGCGCUCUCGCAUUAUGAUGGAGACUUGUCUUUCUGUCACGAUGCAUGUAAUGUGGGUAUCACAGUGGCUAAGAAGCUCAAAAGAGUGGGACUGCUUCUGGACUGGCCCAGUCAGACCCUUCUGUUCUAUGAUCCCGAAUCUACGUCUGUGCUGCAUGUAGUCAGACAUGCUUUCAGUGAACCACUUCUGGCCGCCUGUGCUGUGGCUGAUCAGAGUGUCUCUAUACUGCACUGAACAAGCGAUGAAUGUUAAUGAAGGCUCUGAAGAUCCCGAGGACUUGAUGGGUUGGUGGAUGUAACAUUAUGCAAUGUCAUUUGAACCAAUGAUCAUUUUUAAACAUGUUUUACAUUAUCUGUGACAUUGAACACCAAUAUAUGCAAAAAUAAGAGAAAGUGUGAUAAAAUCAAUCACAUUGUUUAGUUAUAAAUAAGCUAA